UACAUUUUAGUCUUCAAUUUUCUACUCAACAAAAGAAAGAAACAAACUUAAAAAAAUAACUGUUAAAAAUGUAAAUGAAAAAAUCAAUAUAUUUUUUUUAUCAUGGCUGUUGUGAACAACAAUCUACAAAAUACAGCCGCAGCAACAUUUGAAUUCCUUGUAAGAAAAAACGCAACAACAACACCAACAACAACGUCAUAUUUUGAAAAUAAACAAGAUAACAUCAACAAUUAUGAAAAUGUCUGGAAAUGUAGCAACCGAAAUAUGGGCCUCACAGCCACAGCUAUGGUUGGUACCAUUCCCAAGUAAUUUAUUGAAACAUAUACCAUCCAAUCCGACACCAGCAGCAUUAGCAAGUGUCCCAAAUCAGGACGAAACGGAUAAUAAUACACAUAACGAGUUUCUACAAAUUGGCCAAUUAAAGCCACGUUAUGCCAUGGACGAUAGAUUCCAUCGUGAAGAUGAACGCCUCAAGACGUACGAAAAUUGGCCAUUGAAUUUCUUGGAUCCCAACGAAUUGGCCCGUUCGGGCAUGUUCUAUAUGGGCGAAUCGGAUAAAACCAAAUGCUAUUUCUGUGAGGUGGAAAUUGGCCGGUGGGAACGUGAAGAUCAACCUGUACCUGAACAUCUGCGCUGGUCGCCCAAUUGCCCCUUGCUGAGGAGGCGCACUACCAACAAUGUGCCCAUCAAUGCUGAACUCUUAGAGCGUACCUUACCCGCCCCCAGUUAUGAUAUUUGCGGAGCGAAUGACAUUGAAAUCAGACGAAAUGCAUUUGCUGAAGGCACCAUCCCAGCACCACUAAUGUCCGAUGUACCACCUGGCUCACCAGUGGUUAUGGCGGCCGGCAGCAGUAGCGCUGGUGGUGGCAGUGCAAUGACAACUGGAGGCACAUUUUUCCCCGAGGUGCCCGAAUAUGCCAUCGAGACAGCCCGUAUACGAUCCUUUGCCGAAUGGCCACGAAACAUGAAACAAAAACCUGAACAGUUGGCCGAGGCCGGUUUCUUCUAUACUGGUGUGGGCGAUCGUGUCAAAUGCUUCAGUUGUGGCGGUGGUCUUAAGGACUGGGACGAUGAUGAUGAACCCUGGGAACAGCAUGCCUUGUGGAUGAAUAAAUGUCGUUUUGUAAAAUUGAUGAAAGGCGAUGCAUUCAUUGAAGCUGUGGCAAAUAAAUUCAUGAAAAAUAAACCAGCUGCAAGCAACAACAGAACUCCUACACCAACGUCGGAAUCGUCUCUCUCCUCGUCGGAAGAAGAGGGGGAGCCUGCAGUGCAUUUGGCGGAGGGAAAUCAAGAAACAACACAUACAACGGUCGCCGGUUCCGCUGCAACAAAAGUAUCAUCCGCUUCAAUUCCCAAGCCUUGUUCCAACGAACAGGCACCCGCCACAACUGCUGUCGCCGGUGUCAAUGCCUUGGAACAGAAAAGGUCGAGCUCCACAAUACCCGAGGAGAAGUUGUGCAAAAUCUGCUAUGCCAACGAAUACAAUACAGCGUUUUUACCCUGUGGCCACGUUGUGGCCUGUGCCAAGUGCGCCUCGUCUGUUACAAAAUGUCCAAUGUGUCGGAAACCUUUUGCCGAUGUUAUGAGGGUUUAUUUCUCUUAAAUUCGGAACAACAGCCACAACCGAGAAUAAUAACAGAUAGCUGUAAAAAACUAAGAAAGUGUUUCCUCCUGAUAUACGUCGAUGAUGUACAUACUAAUUUUAUAAUACCCCGCCUUUGUAAUACAUUUCUUCUAAACAAACGAGUUUAACGGCCAGUUGAGAUUUGUGCGAAACAUGCUAAUGAGCUGAAUGAUGGGUAUAAGUCUUAACUGGCCGUUAAAUUUGCAAACAAACCAACCAACAAAGGAAGAAGAAUGAGAAGAAAAUAAGUUUAUUUUUCCCAUAAGAACUUAUAAUUACAUUAGGAUAAAGAGAAAUCCAUAAUUUAUGUAUAAAACCAUAGAGGAAAUAAAUCCUUUGUAAAUAAAAGCAUCAUUUGCAAUUACUUUAAAAUACAAUUAAAAUUAAUGCCCAACAUAUUUAUAUUUUCACCAACCAUUGUAAUAGAACUAAACAAAAGAAAAUAAGAUAUAUUCAAACCUUUAAACGUCGCACCCCAAGGACUGUUUUCUAAAUGUUUAACAUGACUUGAAUGUUAUAUUUUAUAUGUGAUCACAUUUAUUAUUUUUUUAUUUGUUUAUGAAACAAACAACUCCCCAUUUAUUGUUAAAUAUUUCGAAAACAGCCCAUGUAUCUCAUCUCAUACUCAAACUUUAUUUUCAUACUGUUGUCCUUUUCAAAUAAAAAUUGCCACAUCUCAAUAAUAAUAUUUUUUAAAAAAGUAAUUAACUAAUGAGGAAAUGAAAUAAAUUGAAUUACAAAAAAAAA